AUGAGCCCCAGGUACCCGGCCUCGGAGUUCAACCGCGGGCUCCACAUGGGCCGGCCCACGUUCCACCGGCUAUGCGCGGAGCUCCACGACGCCAUGGUCAGGAACGACCCGCCGGCGCGCCAGGCCAUCCCGGUGCCGACCCGGGUGGCCGUCGCCCUCAUGCGGCUGGCUCACGGGAUGCCGUACAGGGAGAUCUGCGUCCACUUCGACAUGGGCGUCUCCACGGCCCACAAGCUCUUCCAGCAGUUCUGCCGCGCCGUCCGGGCCGUGCUCCGCGACAGGUUCGUCGUCUCGCCCUCGGCCCCCGGGCAGGAUCUCUACGCUGACACCGUCAAGGCCAAGUUCGAGGCUUUAACCGGGAUCCCUGGAGUCACGGGCGCCGUCUACACGACGCACGUCCAUAUCAUCGCGCCCCAGCUGUACGUCCUCAAGUACUUCAACCCCCGGCUGGCGGAGCGCAACGCCAACAAGAAGGGCAGCGCCUCCUACAGCGUCGUCUUCCAGUGCACGGUGGACGCCGACGGCGCCUUCACCGACAUCUUCCUCGGCUCCGACCACCCCGACGGCAGCUCUGGCGGCUCCAAGUCAGACGAGUACGUGCUCCUCAAGUCAAACCUCAAUGAUAACCAGAUGAUGAUCCCCGGCGCUCCCCCGGUCCGUCUGCUCGGUGGGGCCAGCUACCAGCUGACGGACUAUCUCCUGGUGCCGUAUGCACGGCCGAGCUCCGAGCUCACCGGGGCGCAGGAGGAGCUGAACCAGGGAGUGGUGGCAGGGAGCGCCGUGGCCAAUGAGGCCUUCAUGAAGCUCAAGGCUCGCUGGGCGUUCCUCCGUAGGCGCACCGAGGUGAGAAUCCCGGAUCUCCGGGUCAUCUUCGAGACCUGCUGCGUGCUCCACAACUUCUGCGAGCGCUUCUGGGACGAGCUCGACCCAGAGCUCGCCUUCGAGCUCGAGGACGACGUGGUGCCCCCCGAGAUCCCCGUGCGCUCCGCUGCCGCUGCCCAGGAGCGCGACGCCAUCGCCCACAGCCUCUUCCUCCGCCGCCGUGCCAACAAUUAA